AUGAAGACAUCAUCAUCAUCAUCGAAGCAGCAGCAGUGGCAUUGCAGAAAGUGCUCGACGAAAUCGUUUUUUCUUGUCAUCGUCGCGUUGAUAGUUUCGACGUUCUCGGUUGCGCCGAGUUACGCGCAACAACAAGAACAAAAACAAAGAGCGAUGACAACGACGAGGGUGGUGAGUAACAAUAAUCAGAAUAAUCAGAACGGAGGUGGAGUCGGCGGAGGAGUUUUAUUCGCCACUUUCGAUUGGGAGAAAUAUGGCAUUCCAAAAGUAGCGAUUAAGUUUAACAAUCUGCAACUCCGCAAGUGGAUCGAGUCCGAAAAUCUCAGACGGUGCGCGGUGAAAGCAAACACGGAGAACGGGAAUCAAUGCACCCAGUUUAUGAUUAGAACAUUUUUGGGAGAGGAUGCCAUUCCCGUCGACGAAGCGAUGGAAUCCGUCGCGAGAGAUAGAAAUUUAUAUCAUGCAUUCGCGCGUCAAGAGAAGGCUCAGAAUGAACGCAUACAAAGCUUAGAAGUACAGCGUGGAUUUUUAGCGGCAGUCGCUUUCGUAACGACGACCGCUUUGGGAUUGUACAUGUACACUUCGAGAGCUGCAGGUCUCAAAAUUCCCGUCGCAGCUUUAUUCUCUGUACUCACGAAGAAAAGCGCCGACGAUGUAGAAGAUAAAGCCAUUCGAAUGCGACAGGUGAACGAGGAUGCCAAAGCUCGAGCGAGAAGAUUAGAAGACGCGAUUAACAACUUGAAGAAAAACGAAUCGCGCGUUUAA